AUGUCUAAUUCUGAACAAGACGAACCACAAUUGCCGCAAGCGGCAGCCGCAGUCGCUGUAAAACUGCCCGAAUUCUUGAAAAGUGAUCCUCACAUGUGGUUUGCCCAAGCAGAGGCUCAGUUCUACUUGGCACAAAUUACUAAAGACGAAACGAAAUUCUGGCAUAUCAUCGCCAAGAUCGAUCAAAGUGUGAUAUGCCAUGUAUCUGAUCUGGUCGCAAAUCCACCAGCUAGAGACAAGUAUAACGCUAUAAAAGAACGCCUUAUUGCACGUUUUGCUCUUUCCUCCCAAGCUCGAUUGGAACAGUUGCUUGGAUCGUGUGAUUUGGGAGAUUUGCGACCAACGCAUUUGCUCGCUCGAAUGCAAGAAAUAGCCGUUGGACUUAACGUAGACGAAAAAUUAAUGAAAAUUUUUUUUUUCGAAGCGUUUGCCCGUGAGCGUACGAGCUGUGCUAUGCAUAAGUGA